UUUGGAAAUAUUUUAAGAGCAAUUUAGUAUAAAAACCCAUUACCAUAUCCCCCACGUAGUCCUCUCUUCUACCCUACACAAUUAACCGUCUACGCUGCUCUAUCAGUCUCUCCCAUCCUCAAAACCUCUGAAACUAGAGAGAGAAACCGAUAGAAAGAGAAAAUGUCGGACGAGGAACAUCAAUUUGAGUCUAAGGCUGAUGCCGGAGCUUCAAAGACUUACCCUCAACAAGCUGGUACUAUUCGUAAAAAUGGUUAUAUUGUUAUCAAGAAUCGUCCGUGCAAGGUUGUUGAGGUUUCCACAUCCAAAACUGGCAAGCACGGACAUGCUAAGUGUCACUUUGUGGCCAUUGAUGUUUUCACUUCAAAGAAGCUCGAGGAUAUUGUUCCAUCAUCUCACAAUUGUGAUGUUCCUCAUGUUAACCGUACUGACUAUCAGCUGAUUGAUAUCUCAGAAGAUGAUUUUGUGAGCCUUCUAACUGAUAGUGGUGACACAAAAGAUGACUUAAAGCUUCCUUCUGAUGAAAAUCUUCGUGCUCAGAUCAAGGAUGGCUUUAACGAGGGGAAAGACCUUAUUGUUUCUGUGAUGUCAGCAAUGGGAGAAGAACAGAUUUGUGCCCUCAAGGACAUUGGCCCGAAAUGAGUCACACAAGUCUGUACAUUUUAAAAUCCAGGCUCAUCCACACAGCACACGCAGAACUAAGCCAAGUCGUGAUCAAUCUAUUAGAAAAUUCUCGUACUUUAUUUGAUAGAAACUCUAAACUGUCACUUUAACUUUUCUUCUGCAAACUCAUAAUUUUCUUUUUGUGGUGGGUUUUGGUUCUUAUUUUAUGGGUUUCAUGAGAAUAUUUGCUAGACUCGUAAUGCAAUGGAUUAUAUUUAUGGAGUUUGAAAACAAUCUGUAUGAGGUUUAAGUUUCUCUAUUUGGUUUCAUUGUGAUGAAGCCAAGCCCGAA